AUGCUCGACGGGGAGAGUACUGGGAUUGAGGCGCCCUUUGAGGUCGCUGCGGACAGCGUUGAUGAUGUGGUACUUGCUCCCGUCAACAUCUGGUCUGCGCUCUGGCCUCAGGACGACAGCUCUUCGCGAUUCGUGGUCGCAGCUCCUUCUCGACGCUCCCACUCUUCAAACAGCCUCGCAGACCGAGUCCUCAUACCUCCAGCGCACAUCCAUCUCUUCCGCGCCACCUCUCAUGUCACUUUGACCUUAGGACAGCCAAUUACCCUCAAGGAAGCCGUCAUCUCCCCUCUAUCUGAACACGCACAUCUGGCAACCUCCUCCGAUGCUUUCCUGGACUCCACCAUCUUCAGCGAGAACAUCAUCCUGCGGCAAGGUUCUGUCCUGACCUUCCCGCAUGCAGCGUUGGGGAUGAACGGAAAUGCAUCUGAGUCCUCACCUACGCCUCUCCGCUAUCGUGUAGAAAUGAUGGAGCCUGUACUCCAAGGACGCGCUGUCAAGGGGCAAACACGUCUAGUCGUUCUGCAGCCAGAUGAGGCAGACUUGGAUGAGCCGACGAAUCACGGCGCAAACUUCGAAGACGAGGAUGAUGGUUUCGAGAUCGACGAGGCUUUCUUGGGAAACACAAUCUCGGCUUCACAAAGCUCUGCGUCUGCAGGUGUCAAUGACGUUACCUUAAAUUCGAACGGCUUUCUCCAUCACAACUCGGUCUUUACUGCGGUACCUCUCGACGCGCCUGCCUCAGAAGAUGAUGAUGUUACGAUAUACGUUCGCACUUCGGACCUCGGACGCGUUGGUGUCCUCAAUGGCGACUGGGGGAUCACUCAGGCAGCCGGUGGGAAGCGGCUAGUCAAGAUUACCAGUCAUGAAGCGAUGUCUCCGAACGGUGAAGCCCACGCAUCACCUGUUCUACUUCACAAUGCCGGUGUACGGACCUCUGACUCUCAGCUAACUCUCCUUUCGUCGCCAUUCGGUCCAUCCCACCCACCCAUCCCGACAGCGCGCUCGGUGACAAUCUCGCGCGUGGGCUCCCCGAUCUCCAUCAACAAGCAGUACCAGUCGCAGUACCUUGGCAAGCUGAAGCAGUACUUCGAAGAACGCAAGCGGCUGGUGAAGAAGGGAGACAUGAUUGCGUUGGCGAUCGAUACGAACGCGGCGCGCACGCAACAGGACAGCGAGGAAGAGCUCGAGGGUGUCGCAGAUGAGAGGAUAGCGAACUCCGGCAAUGCCAUCGUAUUCUUUGUGAUCACGAACGUGGAGCACGAUGCGGUGCCGGGCGCGGUGCAGUCGGGCGCAGGGGCGCAGGACGUAUAUGCGGCGGCAACGUAUGGAGAGCUGGGCUGCUGGAUUGACCCUGGAGUGACGAGGAUGGUGCAGUCGGGGGUGGAUCAUGCGUAUGUGCCGGCGGUGGAGGGCUAUGUGUUGAGUGAGUCUGGUCAGCGCCCAGCCCUUCCGCGCUCCGUCGAGGGAGGGGAUUCUCCGCUGACUUCGCCUGCAAGUCCUUAUGGGCAGCUGCUCGACGUGGUCUCGGUCAUACAUUCGAGGCGGGCUGUCGACCUGGACCUGAACCUUUCGAUCUUGCUGAAAGGCUCGAGAGGCUGCGGCAAGCAAACGACGGUCAGCUGGAUUGCGCAGAGGAUGGGUAUGCAUUUGAUGGAGGUCAAUUGCUACGACCUCCUCGGUGACAACGACGCGCAGACGCAGGGGAUAAUGAGGGCCAGAUUCGCGCAAGCGGCGGAGUGCUCGCCGUGCGUGCUGCUGCUGAGGCAUGUGGAUGCACUGGCGCAGAAUGCGCAGGUGCAGGAGAGUGGGAAAGAGCCUGCCAUCGUGAACGUCCUGCGCGAGUGCAUGGCAGAGGCGCACCAGGCGUGGCGCGUGACGGAGUAUCCGGUCGUGGUGGUAGGGACGACGAGCGAGGCCGGGCAGGUGCCAAUGGGCGUGCUGUCUUGUUUCAAGCAUGAGAUUGCUUUUGAGGCUCCAGACGAAGCUACCCGCCUCGCUAUGCUGGAGGUCCUAACCAGUGACCUCCCCAUCUCUCCAGAUGUGUCGAUUGCCCAUCUGGCACAGCAGACGGCUGCAUUGGUAGCCGCAAAUUUGGUGGAUCUUGUUAGGCAUGCGAAGGCUGCCGCUGUUGGUAGGACAAUGGGGGCAACCGGAGCGGAUGCUCCCAGCCUCAUAGCUUCUGGCAUUUCCUUGACGGCUCAGGACUUCGACCUUGCACUGAACAAAGUGCGUGCGUCGUACUCGACGAAGGUCGGCGCACCGAAGAUCCCGAAUGUGACAUGGGACGACGUUGGGGGAUUGGCGGAUGUGAAGGCGGAUAUUUUGGACACCAUCCAGCUUCCGCUGGACCACCCGGAGUUGUUUGCGAGUGGGAUGAAGCAGCGGUCUGGUAUCCUCCUCUACGGCCCACCCGGCACAGGCAAAACACUCCUCGCCAAAGCCGUCGCCACCUCCUGCUCCCUCAACUUCUUCUCUGUCAAAGGCCCCGAGCUGCUCAACAUGUACAUCGGCGAGUCAGAGGCCAAUGUCCGCCGCGUCUUCCAGCGCGCACGCGACGCGCGGCCGUGCGUGGUGUUCUUUGACGAGCUGGACUCCAUUGCGCCGAAGAGGGGCAACCAUGGCGACUCGGGCGGUGUGAUGGAUAGGAUUGUGAGCCAGCUGUUGGCGGAGCUGGAUGGGAUGGCGGGUGGAGGGGCGGAUGUGUUCGUGAUUGGGGCGACGAAUCGGCCUGAUCUGUUGGAUCCCGCUUUGUUGAGGCCUGGGAGGUUCGACCGGAUGUUGUACCUUGGCGUGAGCGAUACGCACGAGGCGCAGCUGCGUAUACUGGAAGCCCUCACGCGCAAGUUCAAGCUGGACUCGACGCUAGAUUUGCGUGCUAUCGCAGAGAAGUGUCCAUUCAACUACACGGGCGCGGACUUCUACGCUCUAUGCUCGGAUGCGAUGCUCAAUGCUAUGUCGCGAAAAGCGGAAGAGUUAGAGGAAGUCAUAGCAUCGCUCAACCAGAAGGGACCGCUACCCGACCACCCCUACCCGCUGACGCCGCAGUACUACCUCGCGGAACUGGCUUCACCGAAGGAGAUCGAAGUGCUCGUGCGCUCCGAGGACUUCGAGGUCGCCCUCAGGAACCUCGUUCCCAGUGUCAGCCAGGCCGAGAUGGAACACUAUCGCGAGGUCCAGAAACGAUUCUCGCAAGUGGACUCAUAG